AUGGAGUUCAACACCACCUCGGGAGGCUUCCAGUCCCGUCGCUCAUACCCGUCCCUCCGCCACAUCUCUCUCGCACCCUUAACCCCCCGAUUUCCCAUUGAUGACGACACAGAUAUAACAGAUUACUUCAACCACCGCGACCAUGUAGCUCCAGCUAGCGGUACCCGCACGCCUCCAGCAUCAUCCUACCUAUCCAGCGUCUCAGUCCCAAGCACGCCACCGAUCCUCUCGCACUCACGUAGCAACUCGCGAAGCCGCCACAAGCGCAGCAAAAGCUCUACAGGGGCAGGAGCCUUAAGCGACACAAACCUACACAACCGAGAACUGGGCCAAGCGCUCCACCACAUCCCGAACACCAAGAAACAUCCCAGCAUCUCCCAUUCACAAGGACGACGCCCCCUCCCAGACAACACGCCGAAAUCCAAAUCCGAUGCAGAAUGGAUGCUCCGCGCAGGAAUAGCCCUAGCCUCCUCAACCCGCGAGGAGAAAGGCCAAAGCUGGCUCUCCAAGCGCGAGACCUCAACAACUCUCGUCCCAGACACGUCCUUCGACGAAACACCCACUAACCGCCACCACCACCGCACCAGAUCAGGCGCCUCGUCACGCAUUUCCCGGUCCGGCACCUCAACACCAGGCGGAGCAGGUGUCCUCUCCCGACGCAGCUCCCGCUCCCGCGCCGGCAGCAGACCCGGCAGCAGUAGAGUCCAUCUAACCAUGACCGCCCUCCCGGCGGUGCCGGUAUCAGCAGAGAACGAGGUAUCUAUUAGCUCGGGAGCGGAUACAGGCACAGUGACACGCACUGCGAGCCCUGAAGCGCGCGGCCGUAGUCCACUAGUGCCUGACUUCGUGGAUGCGCGCAUCCGUGCAGAGAUGGCGUCGCUGCAGCAUCGCGAGCGAGGAUUCUCGGAUGAAGACUCUAUGUACUGGGAUGGGGGUGGCUCGGAUGAAGAUGAGAGUUGGUCUGUGUACUCGGGUGGCUCUGACGAGAUGCCGGAUGAUUUCGAUGAAGCGGAUCUGCAGCAGUUGACGCGUGAGCGUGGGUUCGGGCUUGGGUCUUGGAUUGAUCGGCUGGUCGAAUGGACUCUUUUCGGGGUUGAUGAGUGGCCUGCGGCUGUUCCGGCUGCUGUGCCUGCUUCGCGGAUUGGUACGGCGGAUACUAGUACUACUGUUACAUUUGAGGAACCUGUUUUGGUGGAUCGGGGGCCUGAUGAUACGGUCUCGCUUGGGUCGGUUGGGGAUGCGGAUCUGUCUGAUGGUGAGAGUUCUACUGGUACUGCUGCUUCUAUUGAGAAACCUGGGAUGCAGGGUGGGUGGGAAGAUGCUGGGUGGUUGUUUCGUUUAAUGAAGCGGGCGUUGGUAUGA